CGGGUCCAGCGUCUCCCACGACGGAUCCACGAUGGACAGCGGCCCCUGGGGCUCCACCCUCCGCUGCCAGGGCACAAGUGCGCCGCCGCUGAGUUCCGCUUUCCGUGUAUUGGCAGCGGACGCCAAAAUAGGAGCGUCGUCCUCGUUGUUAAACUGUUCUUGAAGUUGCAGGGCUAGCAGGUAGUCUUCAUCCAUCACAGGCUAAUUGUGGUUAGCUUCCUCCCGCCGACCGGUCAACAACUGCAGUCCUCCCAAAGGUGGCCCGGCCACCACUGCCACGAUAGCGUUCGUCACAUGUAUGUACGUGGGCAUACCGGAUUUGUGUCCACUUUUACGACGAGUUCGGCCCGCCGAGCUGACCAACUGUCCGUUUCCGACGGCUCACAGUCGGGGGACGCAAUCAUGGCGGAGCACCAAACACUUCCGGUGUCUACUUCGAAAUACAACUCAGUAAAUACAUUGGAGGCGGCGUUAAUCGUGAUUCAGCAGGUGUCAGAUACACAAAUUAAGUGAGUUAUUUUCUACUUUGCACACACGAAGAACUGUUUGAGUGAAUGGGAGUCAUUUGUGAAUAUUUUAUGCAUUAGAUACGCUUUCGUUUCCGGCCAAAUCUUGCCGGAAGUCGGCUGUGCAGUUAAAAAACGGUGACACGGAGAUGACGUCAGCGAUAACAAUACAUAGAUAGUCAUUUUAGUGGCUAUUUAAUAUCAAAGAAAAUUCACAAACGUUAAUUUGUGGUACGUGUUCGACUGUGUCCAUUUUCUACAAUCGCCUGUAUAUAUUUUUGUUGGUCGCCCCCUCCCCCCGAUCCAAGUCUUGUGACGUAGCAGGGUGUCACCCUGGUUACUACUUCCUGUUUUUGUUAGCCCGCGGCCACGAAUGGACUGUCCUCUGCUUGUUUUAGGGCGUAGCUAUCGAUCGGUCCGUCAAACGUCAAUUUAACAGAACCUUAAAGAGUUAGACGCCGAGCAAGAUGUCGGAAACCGGAAGUCGAUUGCGAAGGCUGCUCGAGUCGCCCAAUUUCGACCCGCAGAACUACGUGAAGCAGCUGUCCCAGCAGUCCGAUGGCGACCGAGACCUGCAGGAGCAUCGGCAGAAAAUCCAAAACCUGGCCGACGAAACGGCCCAAAACCUGAAGAAAAACGUCUACAAGAACUACAGGCAGUUCAUCGAGACGGCCAAGGAGAUUUCGUACCUGGAGAGCGAGAUGUACCAGCUGAGCCACAUCCUGACGGAGCAGAAGAGCAUCAUGGAGAGCGUCACGCAGGCCCUCCUGUCCACGGACAAGGACGAAACGUCCAAGGAGAUGCAGGCUGCGUUCCCCAAAGAAACCGAGGAAGUGAAGCAGAGGACCCUGACGUCACUGUUGGAGAAAGUGGAGGGCGGUAAAAACAUCAUGGACACCCCCGGAAGGCACCUGGUGUACAACGGCGACCUGGUGGAGUACGACGUGGACAACAUGUCCCCCAUCCAGAAGGUGCACGUCUUUCUAAUGAACGACUGCCUGCUGAUCGCCACCUGGCUGCCCAAUCGGCGCGGCGCGGUCAAGUACAAGUACAACGCCCUGUACGAGCUGGAGAGCUUUGCCGUGGUCAACGUGAAGGACAACCCUCCCAUGAAGGACAUGUUCAAGAUCCUCAUGUUCCCAGACAGCCGUAUCUUCCAGACGGAGAACAGCAAGAUCAAGAAGGAGUGGCUGGAGAUCCUGGACGUAACCAAGAAGAACAAAGCUACCAAGGACAGACGCAAGAAGGAGGAGGAGGUCCCGACGUCCCCCGUCAGGGCCGAGGUGUCCACCAACCCCUUCGACGAGGACGACGGCGAGCAAGCCGACGCCGGGGAGAAUGUGGACCUCAGUCCGGAGUGGAUCCAGGAGCUUCCCGAGGAUCUGGACGUGUGCAUCGCCCAGAGGGACUUUGAGGGCGCCGUGGACCUCCUGGACAAGCUCCACGAGUACCUGAAAGACCAGCCCGUCACGCAGAAAGUCAAAGAGCUGCGGAACAAGGUGGACGAGCGUGUGCGGCAGCUGACCGAGGUCCUGGUCUUUGAGUUGUCUCCCGAUCGGUCCCUUCGAGGUGGACCCAAGGCCACCAGGAGGGCCGUGUCCCAGCUCAUCAGGCUAGGCCAGUCCACCAAAGCCUGCGAGCUCUUCCUGAAGAACCGGGCGGUGGCGGUCCAGACGGCCAUACGGCAGCUUCGCAUCGAGGGGGCCACGCUGCUCUACAUCCACAAGCUGUGCAACAUCUUCUUCACCAGCCUGCUGGAGACCGCCAAGGAGUUUGAGAUGGACUUCGCAGGGAACACGGGCUGCUACUCUGCCUUUGUGGUCUGGUCCAGGUCCGCCAUGAGGAUGUUCGUGGACGCCUUCAGCAAGCAGGUGUUUGACAGCAAGGAGAGCCUGUCCACGGCGGCCGAGUGCGUCAAGGUGGCCAAGGAGCACUGCCAGCAGCUGACGGAGAUCGGCCUGGACCUGACCUUCACGCUGCAGUCGCUGCUGGUCAAAGACGUCACAGCGGCGCUCCUCGGCUACAAAGACAUCAUCGUGGAGGCCACCAAGCACCGCAACUCUGAGGAGAUGUGGAGGAAGAUGAACCUCAUGACACCCGAGGCUCUGGCCAAGCUCAAGGACGAGAUGCGCACCAGCGGCAUGAGCACGUUCGACAUGUACACGGGCGACGACUGCUGGGUGAACCUGAGCUACACGGUGGUGGCCUUCACCAAGCAGAUGCUGAGCUUCCUGGAGGAGGGCCUGAGGCUCUACAUCCCCGAGCUGCACAUGGUGCUGCUGGAGAGCCUGCGCGAGAUCAUCCUGGUGGCCGUGCAGCACGUGGACUACAGCCUGCGCUGCGAGCAGGACCCCGAGAAGAAGGCCUUCAUCGUGCUCAACGCCGCCUUCCUUCACGACACCGUGCUGCCCGAGGUGGAGCGCCGCUUCGAGGAGGGUGUGGGCAAGCCCGCCAAGCAGCUGCAGGACCUCAGGAAGAGCACCAGGCCCGUACGGAUCAACCCGGAGAGCACCACGUCUCUGGUUUGAAACAACGGCAGGUCAUAUUAUUAGGUACACCUGCUUAUGUCAGGUGCAAAACAAACACUGAUUGUGAUCGUGGAUGCGGUCCAGACCAACGGAGGGAAAGGGAUGACUGAUGAAUGCUGGAUGAAAUACGCAGGGAAAUAAAUGAUUUGUCCACGCUG